AUUUCCUCUAUUCUUGCAGUUCGCUUUUCCUGAAUCCGCCAUAAUUCCUACGGCGGGUUUCGUCGCCUUCCCCAAUAUUCUGCGCCUCUAGUGUGCCGCACACCGGCUUAACUUCUUCUCAAAUCCCGUCUCAGAUAUCCCUUAGUUCACAAUUGUUGAAGGUUGUCAGCGUUCGCCCAAACGCAUUGUUCGAACCCGCUCUGAAAAUUUCAAUGUCUCAAACACCUGAAGCAGUCAUCUUCCCCCCCUUCCCCCUCCCCCGAGAACUCCGCAAUCUCAUCUAUACCCACCUCUUCACAUCUGCCCCUUACCUCCCCGGCUCCUUCUUCGGGCUUCCGUUCAACCUACACUAUGGAUACCGCUGCUGUCCUGAACCCACAUAUUGGCGUCAUAAGGUUAAGCAGAGAUGGUUGCUGACGAGUAAGAGUCUGAUGGCUGAAGCGCUCGAGGAGUACAAGAGGGGGGCAGAGUGGGUAUAUUGGGGGCCUGGAAUGGACAAGCUGCUCGGCGACGGAAAGCGUAGCUACAACCUAUCCGGGCUGUCGAUCACCAUCCCAGGUACAAAUCCAAGCCCAUUUCCGAUCUCAGCCGUAACCAAGAUGCCGCCCAAUAUGUCUGAGGGGCCUGCCGAGACUGUCGUCAGAGUCCGCAGGUUCUCCCUCUACAUUGGUAACCUUGCGCGCUGGGAGACUCCAUAUCGCCGCGAAGGCGUAGACGGUCGAGAGGUGCUCGAAAUUAUCGCCAAGACGCUUCGUCGUGGCAGCGAGAAGUCCCCAAACCGCUUAAUUGAGGUCAACACAAUACGCCUCCAAGGCCACAGUUACCUGCUUAAUGGUGGUCCAGAUGUCGAUGGAAGGCCAACGUGCUCUGGACAGACAAAGCACAUGUUUCGGAAUUUGAAAAAGGUGCUGGAUAGCGCGGGAGUUAGGGUGCGCCAGUGGGAAUUCGAGAUCCUUGAUGGGAGGACCCACAUUAGUGAGGUUGUGUUCGAAGUUGAAUUCAAGGGUAGAACGCUGGCGUCGGGAGAUGGAGAGGAGGAGGAUUUCAACCUAAACCUUGUGGUGGAUGAGCGAAAAUGGAAAGAACCGACUGAACACAUAAAGCGGGUGCAUACAACCUAUUGUGAGGAGCAGAAGAGGGCGCGGAAGGAGGGUGAAAAGAGACGCAAGGAGGCGGAUGCAAUGAGAGAGAAGAAGAGGGCAGAGGAAAGGGCUCUAGUGGAGGCCGGGAGGCAACGAAAUUGACCUUCUUUGCACCCUCUUAACCUGUGAAGGAGUGAUGACAUGAAGGGCCAGAGCCAUGCUGUUGCUUGGAUAUCUGAGUCCUUCUCGUUUGAGUCGCGAAGUCCGACCAUUCCCGCAGCGCUGUCGCUCGCAACACCGGGAAAAUACCGAUAUCAUCGUCGCCUUCGCGCCUGGGUGUGGAGAGCCUCAUUUUAUGGCGUAGCCAACACAGCUCCACCACAGCCCUACCACCGAGCCCUCGUCGGUCCUGAUAAGCAUCGAAGUGUCGUAUCUGAGCCUUGUAGCCUUAUCAAGGUGCGGAGAAGUCGCCAGCAGCCUUGUGGCGGUCAUUGCGCCCCGUAUUCAUGCCAUGUGGCACGCCAUCUAAUAACUUCCAAUCAAUAGAAUGACAAUUCCCGCCGUUUCGAGUCAGCGUGUGUUAUUCCUGCAUGUACUGCAUAAACUUUACAGGAUAAUUUAUUAUUUGUAAACAACAAUGCCAAGG